GGCAGGGUCGCGACGUGCUCGCGCCCGCGGACGCCCGGGAACUGUGACCGCGGCCUCUCGCUCCCGGCUCGGCCCUGCCCCUGGGCUGCCAUUUCGGCCCCGCGAUGUCGCGCCGGAAGCCUACCUCUGGUGAUGCUGGUGCCGCCGGUCCAGCCCCUGAAAGGCAGGCGGUUUUGAGCAGAUUCUUCCAGUCUACAGGAAGCCUGAAGUCCACGUCCUCCCGCACGGUUGCACCCCAGAAGGCAGCCCCUGACUCUGCAGCGCCCCCAGCGUCCACUUUCCCGCCUCAGUUGCCUCCUCACGUGGCCAUGGAAGUUGACCGAAGUAAAAAGAGAGCACUGGAGAACAAUGAACCUGUUAAAAAGAGGGCAAAGAAAGUCCAAGAAAAAGAAGGAGGAAGUGAUUUGGUAAUGUCUGGAGACUCUGAGCCAAAGAAAUGUUUGAGGACCAGAAUUGUUUCAAAGUCUCUGGAAAAACUGAAAGAAUUCCGCUGCACUUCCGCUCUUCUUCAAGAUAGAGUCCCGACAGAGCCUCUUCAGGAGACGUUUGCAGUUUUGCCAAAAUGUACUGAUUUUGAUGAUAUCAGUCUUAAACGUGCAAAGAAUGCAGUUUCUUCUGAAGAUUCUAAAACACAAAGUCAUCAAAAGGGUAAAACACUGACUUCUGAUUCUAAACCAUCUAACAAACGGACCAAAAGCAUCUACACUCCAUUAGAAUUACAGUACAUAGAAAUGAAGCAGCAGCAUAAAGAUGUAAUUUUGUUUGUGGAAUGUGGAUAUAAGUAUAGAUUCUUUGGCGACGAUGCAGAGAUUGCAGCGCGGGAACUCAAUAUUUAUUGCCAUUUGGAUCACAACUUCAUGACAGCAAGUAUACCUACUCAUAGACUGUUUGUUCAUGUGCGCCGCCUUGUGGCAAAAGGAUAUAAGGUGGGAGUUGUGAAGCAAACUGAAACUGCAGCAUUAAAAGCCAUUGGGGACAAUAAAAGUACAGUCUUUUCCCGGAAAUUGACUGCUCUUUAUACGAAAUCUACCCUUAUUGGAGAAGAUGUGAAUCCCCUAAUCAAGCUGGAUGAUGCUGUAAAUGUUGACGAGAUAAUGACUGAUACUUCUACCAACUAUCUGCUGUGUAUUUGUGAAAAUAAAGAAACUGUUAAGGACAAAAAAAAGGGGAACAUUUAUAUUGGGAUUGUGGGAGUGCAGCCUGCCACAGGUGAGGUUGUGUUUGAUAGUUUCCAGGACUUUGCUUCCCGUUCAGAACUAGAAACUCGGAUCCUGUGCCUGCAGCCGGUGGAACUGCUGCUGCCAUCAGACUUGUCACAGCAAACAGAGACGCUCAUCCGCAGAGUAACUGCAGCUAGUGUCCGGGAUGACAGAAUUCGAGUUGAAAGGAUGGAUAACAUUUAUUUUGAAUACAGCUAUGCUUUCCAGGUGGUUAUAGAUUUUUAUGCAAACGAUAUAGUUGACGUCAAAGGUUCUCAAAAUUUUUCUGGCAUUAUGAACCUGGAGAGGCCUGUCAUUUGCUCUUUGGCUGCCGUAAUAAGAUACCUCAAAGAAUUUAACUUGGAAAAGAUACUCUCCAAGCCCAAGAAUUUUAAACACUUGUCAAGUGAAAUGGAAUUUAUGACAAUUAAUGGAACAACAUUAAGGAAUCUGGAAAUCCUACAGAAUCAGACUGAUAGGAAAACCCACGGAAGUUUACUUUGGGUUUUAGACCAUACUAAAACUUCAUUUGGGAAGCGGAAGUUAAAGAAGUGGGUGACGCAGCCACUCCUUAAGUUACGGGUAAUAAAUGCUCGGCUUGAUGCUGUGUCUGAAGUUCUCCAUUCAGAAUCUAGUGUAUUUGGUCAGAUAGAAAGUCAUCUACGCAAAUUGCCAGACAUAGAGAGAGGACUCUGCAGCAUUUAUCACAAAAAAUGCUCUACCCAAGAGUUCUUCUUGAUUGUCAAGACUCUGUAUCACUUGAAGUUGGAAUUUCAAGCAUUAAUACCUGCUGCUAAUUCUCACAUUCAGUCAAAAUUGCUCCAGACAGUUAUUUUAGAAAUUCCUGAACUCCUCAGCCCAGUGGAGCAUUAUCUAAAGAUACUUAAUGAACAUGCUGCCAAAAUUGGGGAUAAAACUGAGUUAUUCAAAGACCUUUCUGACUUCCCUUUAAUAAAAAAGAGGAAGGAUGAAAUUCAAGAAGUUACUAACAAGAUCCAAAUACAUUUGCAAGAAAUACGAAGAGUACUAAAAAAUCCUUCUGCACAAUAUGUGACGGUAUCAGGACAGGAGUAUAUGAUUGAAAUAAAGAAUUCUGCUCUAUCUUGCAUACCAACUGAUUGGGUUAAGGUUGGAAGCACAAAAGCUGUGAGCCGCUUUCACUCUCCUUUUAUUGUAGAAAAUUACCGACAUCUGAAUCAGCUCCGGGAGCAGCUAGUCCUUGACUGCAGCGCUGAAUGGCUAGGUUUUCUAGAGAAUUUCAAUGAACAUUAUCACUCCUUGUGUAAAGCAGUUUAUCACCUAGCAACUCUUGACUGCAUUUUCUCACUGGCCAAUGUCGCUAAGCAAGGGAACUACUGCAGACCAACUCUAGAAGAAGGAAGGAAAAUUAUAAUAAAAAAUGGCCGGCACCCUGUAAUUGACGUGUUGUUGGGAGAACAGUAUGUUCCCAAUAGUACAAAUUUGUCAGGAGACUCAGAGAGAGUAAUGAUAAUUACUGGACCAAACAUGGGUGGAAAGAGCUCCUACAUAAAACAAGUUGCAUUGAUUACUAUCAUGGCUCAGAUUGGCUCCUAUGUUCCUGCAGAGGAAGCAACAAUUGGGAUUGUGGAUGGCAUUUUCACAAGGAUGGGAGCUGCAGACAAUAUAUAUAAAGGACAGAGUACAUUUAUGGAAGAACUGACAGACACAGCAGAAAUAAUAAGAAAAGCAACAUCACAGUCCUUGGUUAUCUUGGAUGAAUUGGGAAGAGGGACGAGCACCCAUGAUGGAAUCGCCAUUGCUUACGCUACGCUCGAGCAUUUUAUUAGAGAUGUGAAAUCCUUAACCCUGUUUGUCACCCAUUAUCCACCAGUUUGUGAACUAGAAAAAAGUUACUCACAACAGGUGGGGAAUUAUCACAUGGGAUUCUUGGUCAAUGAAGAGGAAAGCAAACAGGAUCCAGGCGAAGAAGAAGAACAAGUCCCCUCCUUUGUCACUUUUCUUUAUCAAAUAACCAGAGGAAUUGCAGCAAGGAGUUAUGGACUCAAUGUGGCUAAACUAGCAGAUGUUCCUGGAGAAAUUUUAAAGACAGCAGCUCACAAAUCAAAAGAUCUUGAAGGAUUAGUAAAUAUGAAAAGGAAAAGGCUAAAACAUUUUGCAAAGUUAUGGACAAUAAAUGAUCCCAAAGACCUCCAAAAGUGGACAGACGAGUUUGCGGUAGAAGAAAUUACAGACUUCUCUUCCUGAUUAAAAUGAAGACUACGUGUUUGAACAAAAAGAUGGAAAAUUAAAAACACCACCUGCACAAAACAACUCUCCAGGAACAACCCAUCUUCGUGUAACAUGUGAGCACCACAAAAUUAUGACCAUUGGGAUAUCCCUGUCGGAAUAUUGCCAUUGGAAACUGGGAGGCCUUUUAUGUAGAAAGCCUUUUUCAGGUUCCUGUCUUCUGACUUUUAAAGGCAUAAACUCUUUAGAAUGUUAAGACAUCUGCUGUGUAAUUAGAAAAUUGAAUGGACAGAAAAGUUCAUAUAAAAUCAAAACCCCUAAGUAAAGCCCAAAGUGACAUAAUACAAUUCAUGAACUUUUAGAGAGUGAUAUAAAAUAUUUAAUUUGUAUUAUUUGUUUCAGUUCAGAUAAUUUGCAACUGGGUGAUAUGUUUGGCAAGAAACUACCCUUUCAUUUUAACUAAAAUAAUUGUAUAAAACCACCAGUUUAUUCACCAUGAACAUAAGAAUUUUGGAUAAGAAAUAGAAUUAUCAAGCUUUUAGAAACUAGAGCACAGAAGGAAUAAGGC